AUGUCCUCAGCUGAGCAAGGAGGCAGGGCGAUGUCCUCAGUCGAGCCAGGAGGCAGGGCGACGUCCUCAGCUGAGCAGAGAGGCAGGGUGACAUCCUCAGCCAUGCAAGGAGGCAGGGAGACAUCCUUAGCCGAGCAGGGAGGCAGGGCGACGUCCUCAGUCGAGCAGGGAGGCAGGGCGACGUCCUCAGUCGAGCAGGGAGGCAGGGCGACGUCCUCAGUCGAGCAGGGAGGCAGGGCGACAUCCUCAGUUGAGCAGGGAGGCAGGGCGACAUCCUCAGCAGAGCAGGGAGGCCGGGCAACAUCCGAAGUGGGGCUGGGAGAUGGUCUUGGCCAGUUCAACCUGCGGAAUUUAAAGGCAAAAUGGCGACAGGGUGAUGGAUGGCAGGCGAAUAUCCAGCACUUAACCGAGUGUCAUGGCGAUUUUGUCGUUGCCUACGAAUUUCCAGCGUCGGAAAGGCUGGCAAUCACAUGUCUGGAAGGUGCCACGCUUUUGGAAGCUAUUGAUGCUGUCUCUGCCAUGGCAGCACUGAGAAAUAGUGCUGAGAAAGAGGUGGAAUCUGCUGAAUAUUACACUCAGGAGCUGUCAGGCUCUCACACUUCCUCUCCCACCACCUCUACCUGCAACAACAACAGCAGCAGUGUGGGACCACAGCAGUGCCAAUCUUUGGACAGUCACCAAAGCCUUUUAAAUGGAGCACAGCCGAACCCAUUUGUCUGUGGCGGUGUCCUGGCUGCCCCCUGCACAGACGAUUCAUUGCCUUCAGGAGCACUUGUUAAUGGAUCUGCUUCACACUGUACCUCAGAGGAACCCCACGUCCCCAACAAGGAUGCGUCCCCUUUGCCUGGGACAGACACCAACCCUGAGGUGUUGGAGCCUCCCUGCGAGCUUCAAUCAAACACUUGGCAAAAACCAGAAGGGCACAUUCUGAAAGCACCAUCCACACGGACCCUAUCUGUGUCGGACAACAGCGACUGUGAGACUCCCUUGGUGGGAGACAAUGCAGAUAACAGGGCAAUCAGCCGGGUGUGGACAAACAACAGCGUCAAAGCAGGAUCCUUAUGGGAUGUUGAUUCCGAGUCGGAGUCCUCAGAAAGCUCCUCUGACAACUAUGAUGGCCUAAACAGAAGCCUCCGAGAGAAGUUUAUGUGCUUCCUGUUGAAAGGCAGCAUACUUGAUGAAGUGGUGAAAGGAAAGAUAAAGGUAGGGGGCCUUCAGGCAUCCAGUUCAAGGAGGAGGAAACGAAAAACAUGCAGAGUAAAAAGGAUACCAAUGGAAGAAAAAGUUAACGAGAGCUUCAGCUGUGCCUCCCUUAUUAACACAGACUUGGAUUUUGAUUCGUCCAUUAGUGAAGAACGUUCCUUGAAGCAGGAUUCGGAAAGUUUGAAAGCACACAUAGACUCGCAUCUGGGGAGUUUCCAAGACAAGAAGAACUUAAUUUCAAGUGAUAAUGUAGGCGGGUGCAAUGAAGCAGACACCUACGUGGGUGGCCAACCUAUGCCAUUAAAGCGACAGCCGGAAACAGGCUUGGAGUCAGAGCACUCAUUCUUCCAAUGCACAAAGUGCAAUGUUAAUUUCAAGGAGAAAAGGCAUUUGCAUAGGCAUAUGAUGUAUCAUUUAGAUUGGCAUAAUCAGGUAGGGCAAGCGAGCAUCCUCCGCCCCUUUAUAUGCAAAGAGUGUGGGCGCUCAUUCUGUGAGCGUUCUUCCCUGCAGAAGCACAUGCUGAUCCACCAGGUGCGAAGGGAGAGGUUGAUGGAGGAGAUUAAAGAUCUGAAUGAACUCAGAAGCCAGGGAGGAGAAGCUCAGCUGCAGUGUCCCCAGUGUGCUUUUGGAACCGACUGCCCACAAACAUUCAUUCAUCAUGCCAAGACCCAUGAAAAGGACAAACAUUAUUACAGUUGUGAAGAAUGCAAUCUCACAGUGUUGAGCAAGUCAGAAAUGGAAGCACACCAACAGAUAGCUCACCUCAGUGCAUGCCAAGGAAGAGUCAUAAAACCCUUGGGCAUGCUUCUUUGCAAAAUUUGCACAUUUAGAACAAAGUAUAGAGACAUUUUAAGAAAGCAUCUGAAACUCGUUCAUGACCAGCCACUUUGUGAUUAUGAGCUUCAGUCACACAAUAUGGCAACUGACCAUACAGGGUCUGUGUCCGAGCAGGACAGGAUAACAGACCCAACUGAAGCAGACAACUUAUCUCCACCUUCACUGAAGCCAAAGUUUCUCAGAGAGAAGCAGAACAAAAGUGAAGCAGGGCUGUCUGCGUGGUCCAAUAGCCUUGCUGACCUUUUUCUGAGAGAUAACGGUGCACAAAAAUCCUGUAAAAGUUUGAGCUCCUCACUGAUCAAAUGGAGCUUUGGCAGCUUAGCAAACAACCUGUCACCGUCUUCCCUGCAAUGUGACAAGCCAAGUAAAUUAUCUCUGCCUACAGAGAGAAUAGAUGUGACAACAGGUCUCUCCUAUGUUGAAGAGGACAAUCAAGAAUGUGAAAGUGCUGUCUCCAAACAGAACACAAAAUAUCUCUCCAGCUUUGACAUGAAUCUUGCGACCAAGUCUGCAAUCUCUAGCAAAGCUGUACAUCUGAGCCAUGAUGAUGUUAACGCUUCCAAAGAUCCCUCGCCUGGAAGCAGUUUAGCAGUACAGAAACAAAAAUCUCCCUCUAAAAGAAAAAUGUCCAUUCCAUAUCACAACACUCCUAAGAAAAUUUCAACGAUUUUACCAAAACAUCAAUCAGCAACUCCAGAAAGGCUUGAUAUUUAUUCUUUGCAGAAUGGCAACUACAGUAGUGCUAAUUUUGAUUGUGCCAGUCAGGCAAAUGAUGCUAAAGGUCCCAGUGAGAGCAUAGCACACUUCCUGGAUAGCAGCGAUGCCAGUGACCCCUUAAUCCAGCAGGGAGAUUUAUUUAAAGAUGACGUCCAUAACUCUCCUGAUCAGUCAGAUUUUGAUAGCAACAUGGAAGAUGAUGAUGAGAUCAGCACACUCAUAGUGAAAGAAGAGAACGUGGAGAGUGCGGUGAGCGAGGACAAUCCAGAGUGUACUGAUCCUAAUCUCAGUGAUUCUUACACCAGCUACUGCGUGUCCCCCGUGUUUGAACCAGAUCGGAAGUGCUGUCCAUAUUGUCCUGCUGUGUUUGAGUCAGGGGUGGGCUUGUCCAAUCACAUCAGAGGACAUCUGCAUAGAUGUGGGUUAAGCUAUGAGGCUCGUCACAUGCUGUCACCUGAACAGGUGGCGUCUCAGGACCGGCAGCCUCGUAUUCGCAGAAGAGCUCCCUCCAUGAGCAACAGAAUCAGGAGAGAUAAACCUGAGUCUCAGACCGAACACACCUGCCCCCUGUGUCUGGGCUGGUUCGACACUAAAACUGGCCUGUCCAAUCAUGUGCGGGGUCACCUGAAGCGGAUCGGCAAGCCAAUCUCAGGUGUCAGCAAGUCUCCCCUGUGCAUCCUCACCGAGCUCCUGCAGGACGAGAACGAGCACAGGAACGUUCUCCGAGCGCUUGAGGCCAAACCUCGCCUCUCCAGACCCUUCAUUUCCCAGAAGUUUGCAGGAAGCGAGGGCCUGUUUCUUACACCCACUGGUGUCCCAGUGAAGAUCCAGCACUCUGCUAACAGGCUGGUCUCUGAGGAGGGUGAGAAGAGGAAGAGGAGGGAGGAGAAGAUGAACGAGAAUAGAGAAAGCACUUUAGUAGAGCUUCUGAAAAGGCAGAGACUGGACCAGGAGCUGGCAGUCACAUGUCACUCUAAGACAGCCAGAGCUCGUUUUAUCAUUUCUCCAUCAAAGAAGGUUUCUCCUGAAGCUCUACCUGACUCCACAUGUAGCCAAGGGAAGUUUGACGGAAAUAAGAAGAUUUGUAUCCACUGUAAUGCAACUUUCCACAGCGGUGUCAGUCUGUCCAAUCAUCUUAGGGCUUAUGCACGCAGGAAGAGGAUCGCUAUGCUGGAGGGAACGUCAUAUGACUGUAAUCAGAAACUGCCUCGCUCGAGGUCUGGGCCAAAGAGGAAGGUGUUCCACACUCUACACACCACCUCUGAAGUGAUCUACACACUGACAUGCAGGUUCUGCGAUCUGGUCUUCCAGGGGCCGCAGUGUGUGCAGGAAGACUGGGUGAAGCACCUGCAGAGACACCUCAUGCACACUGCUGUCAGAGGCACAGGUGCUGGGAUGGUGGAGGUGCCAGCUGUGUGUGAGGAGCCAUGUGCUCUGGACUGUGUCACUCAGGGGCUCUAAAUCACGUUUACAUACAAGCUUUAUUCACGUUACCACUCUUCUGCAUAUGUAAAUAGGAAGAUAGGAAGAGACGUAUACAAAUUAUUCUAUAUAGAUAUAUCUCUGGAUAAGUGUAGAAAUCUAUAUAAGAAAUUAUAUAUCAAAUAGAAACAAACAGAAAACUAGAGAGAGAUAGCAUAUUUUCUAAUAUUGCACAUAUUUUCUCUUCUCUUUACUUUUUUUUUAAUGUUCCCCUUAUAGGUAUGACAUUUGUCAUAAGUAAAGUCUGGUAUUGACACAUUCCUAUGUUCAUAUAGUCUUAUACAGAGUUGAAUAUUUGCUUAGAGAUAAUGUGCUCUGAUCUAUUUUUAAACCACAAUCAUACGUGGUGCACACACACUUACAUUUAUUGCUAAGACCUCUUCUGUAAGUGUAAUUCUUGUGUAGGUAGGGAUGCGCUGAAAUUUUGGCCACUGAAAAGAUUUUUUUUUUUUUUUAAGAUUAAAUACAACAAAGUAUCAAACAGUUUCCCUUUAUAAAUCAUUUCACUCUUAAUUAGUGGUUAAAAAGCCUGGCCCUUAUUCAUCAAACUUGUAUACAGUCAGAUCUAAUUGUAAAACGAGCGAGCGUACGCAAAUUCCACCAUUAGUUUCCUUGUUUUUUUUUGUUUUGUUUUUUUUUUUGGCAGAUCUGUAUUAAAAAAAGUAUAUUUUUGAUAAGGGCGUAUUUUCUUAGAAUUAAUGUACUUGAACGAAAGGUUUGACUUCAGAGUGAGAUUAAGCUAAACAACCACAAAGAUAUUUUUCCUAAUCUUAUUUUGUCAGAUUCAACAAGGGUGCCAAUAAUUCUCUGACUGUGUGUAAUAUUUACAUAAGGGACUAAUGGGUGGGAGCUUGUUACCACACUGCAGUUGAUGAUUUGCUCUCGAAUCACCAGUUGUUUUGAUGUCAUAUGACGGUUCCAUGCAAGAAUUUGAAUCUGUGCUCGUUUCUACGCAAAUUUGAUGAAGAAGGGCCGUUGUGUUCUGCAUCCUGUGUUCCUCAUAUUCUUACCUUUUUCUGUGUUGCUAUUCGAUCUCGAUCUGCCAUUCUGCGUCCCCCCCAUGUCAUUUCCUGGUCUGAAUCCCUGUGUUUCCUGAAUUGGGCCACCUGUAUCACUGCUUUAUCUGAUGUGCACUACAUACAGUCAGGUCCCGAAGUAUUUGGACAAUGACAGAGUUUUUAUGAUUUUGCCUUUAUACACCACCACCUCGAAGUGUAGACUUUCAGCUUUAUUUUAAGAGGUUCCACAAAAAUGCAGUGAAGGCCUGGCAAAGCAUCUCCAGGGAGGAAACUCAGAAUUUGAGUUUUGAUAACAUGGGCUCCAGACUUCAGGCAGUCAUUGACUGCAAAGGAUUUUCAUCCAAGUAUUAAAAUUAUGAUUAUAUUUACAAUUAUGUGACUUUGUCCAAAUACCUUUGAGCCCCUGAAAAUGGAGGUACUUUGCUUAAAAUGGCUGUAAUUCCUAAAUGCCAUAUUUUUGUGGAACCUCUUAAAAUAAAGCUGAAAGUCUACACUUCCAUCACAUCUUGAUUGUUUUAUUUCAAAUCCAUUGUGGUGGUGUAUAAAGGCAAAAUCACAAAACUCCGUCAUUGUCCAAAUACUUCCCGACCUGACUGUAUGUGUACCUUUUCUCAUGCAUACAUACAAACAUACACAUCACAUUUUCCAGAACUGAACAGCUGUGGCCAAUUAUCAGCCAUAAUCACCUGCAGUGCAGGAUUAGCAUUUUAUGCUACUUGUUUGUUUAUUAGUGAUUAUUAGUGAUUAGUGUUGGGUUUUAUUCAAACCCCUUAAAUAAAAUGCAAAAAAAAAAAAUUGAUAGAAUUUAUGCAAUGAUACAAAAACCAAAUGAACCAAAAAUUAUAAAUAUAUAUAACCCAUAUAUAAUCCACCAUUCUGUUUUCAAUAUUUGUUUUUGAUGCAGUGUGUCCUGAAUUUUAAUUUCUGCCAAGGAUUUUAAUUUCGGUGCAUUUCUAUAUGCAUGAUAAAGGGCCUUUAGACGCUGUUUGCAUUUUAAGACACACUAAAUCAAAAGAACUGUAGUCUCAACACAUUGCAUACCAGAAGGACACAUGCUAUAUAUGUUUAUUAAUAAGACAGUACAAAACUCCUGAUAUAAGCUCACCUAGAUGUGUUAAAAGCACACUGGUCUGUGUUACUACACUACACUGCUGUAACAGCUGCAUACACUGCUUUUUGUAGGAAUAUCAUACAACAUCAGUUCUGAUGCCAGAUUUCAGUGGAGGCACUGUUUAUGUAUUAUACUCACCUCAACUGUGAGGCAUCCAAAUAGUCAACUCUUACUUUAGGAUGUAUUGAGAAAUAAUCUAUUACCUUUCUGUUCUUAAACUAUUUAUGAACAGUUUUAUAUGUGAAUAAGUGACAUACCAUAUUUUCCAGAUUAUAAGAUUUGCUAUUCGCCCUCUGCAGCAUAUACGGUGAAGCAAGAUAUGUUCUAAUUUUUCUUUCUUUUUUUUUUUUUUUUGCUUUAGCCUAAUUAUAAUAUGCCCAUUUGUUAAGAUUUUUUACAGUAGACAUGCUACUCUAGCAGUUAUGGUAGUUUCCCCAUCCCCUGUGUUAACAGAGCAAUUAACAUUAUUAUUGAAAUGUUCACUGCAAAACUAUAGAUAAAAGUAAAAAAAAAAAAAUGUCUCAUUUGUCUGAAACUUGUACUAUUGUAUGCAUAAAACCAGUGUUUUAAAACUGAUGUUAACUUGAUACUAACAACAUGAGAAAUCCUAUAACUGUGCUAGCAGUAGUAGCUAUUACUGAGUGAAAAUGACUGGACAAACAAAUGUUACUUAUGAAUGUUUCGGUCUUCUUUAAAGCUGACAGAAUUUAAGAUAAAUGCUCUAGUAAAGGCCUCAGGAUGUACACAGCACUGAACUAGGGCAACUGUAAUAAAGAAAAUUGCUAGUACAAAUAA